GGCUAUAUUGUUUUAUGGAAUGAGUAGUAAAUAUAAGCACAAGGAGUGAGUUAAGUUUGACCGUGUGAAUAGUAACUGAAAAAAUCUAUGACGUCCUCGGAUUCUCAGCAGCUUCUGCCGGGAUGGUUGCCGGCGCUGUUGACGGAGAACUACUUCAGCGCCUGCAUCGUUCACGAAGAGGCGAGGAACAACGAGAAGAACGUCUUUUGCUUGGACUGCUGCGAGGCCAUCUGCCCUCACUGCUUCAUCCUCCAUGGCUCUCACCGUCUCUUGCAGAUCCGGAGGUACAUCUAUCAUGAUGUUUUGAGGCUCAAAGAUGCCCAGAAAUGGUUCGAUUCUGCUCUUGUUCAGUCUUACAUUAGCAAUGGAGAAAAGGUAUUGUUUCUGAAGCAGAGGCCGGUUUCAAAGCCCUGCAGAAUCUCCGCCAAGCCCUGUGUCACUUGCUACAGAGCAGUUCAGCCUUCCUUUACUUUUUGCUCCAUCUUCUGCAAGCUUCAGCACUUGGUGAAAACAGGGGCGAAGUUGUCCGACCAUAUCUACGGCUGGGAAUCGCCGGAGAUUCAACCAGAGCCGAACUCGGGUGACGACGACGAAGAAGAAAAGGAGAAGAUGACGCCGGAGACGGUGCUUGAACCGGCGGAAUCCGUUUCCAGUGCAAGCGGCGGCAGCGCCGGAGGGAGAUGGACGGACUGCCGCCGGAUGCUUGCCAGCACGGAACUCGCCAUUGAGAUAGUGCGGAAGAAGAGGAGCAGUCUGGGAUCGUCUUCUUUCCGGGCUUCGUCUACUCCUCCUCCGGCGACGGCGACGGCGAUCCGGCGGAGGAAAAAUCAGAGGAAGAAGGGGAUGCCUCGUCGAUCUCCGCUGAAUUGACUGUUGUGAAGAGUGAUUAAUUAGAGAUCGGAGGGUAAUUAGGAGGUAAUUAGAAGGGGAUUAGCCGCUGAUUUUGGUAGCCAUGCAUAUAAUCAAAUGGCUAAUCCUGU